AUGGACGAGACUAUGAGUGACGCUCACGAUUCCCACGAGAUGGACGACCAAGAGCAGGUGGAGCAGAAGCUCAUCAACGAAGAGUACAAGAUAUGGAAGAAGAACAGCGUCUUUUUAUACGAUAUGCUGUACGGCCGCGCGCUCGAGUGGCCUACGCUCACUACACAAUGGCUUCCCGACAAGAAGCCUGUAGAAGGCACCAACAUGAGCCAGCACCGCGUCAUUCUUGGAACCCACACGUCGAACCAAGCCCAAAACUACCUACAAAUCGCCCACUGCGAGAUACCCGAAUUCCGGGUUCCAGACUUGUCAGAGCUUAACGAAGAGCGCGGAGAAAUCGGCGGCCACGGCAAUGCGAAGCGACCCUUUGACUUCAAGAUUGUGCAGAAGAUCAACCACCCUGGCGAGGUCAACAAGGCGCGCUACCAGCCUCAGAACCCCGACAUCAUAGCAUCGCUGUGUGUAGACGGCAAGGUGCUCAUCUUCGACCGGACCAAGCACCCGCUGCAACCAAAGGACGAUUCGAUCAAGUUCGAGGCCGAGCUUGUAGGCCAUAGCAAGGAGGGAUUUGGCUUGAGCUGGAGUCCUCUGAAAGAGGGACACUUGGUGACGGGUAACGAGGAUACCACAGUGAAGACUUGGGACAUCAAGAGUGGCUUCUCCAAGAGCAACAAGACCAUCAGUCCAACGGCCACAUACAACGUUCACAGUGCAACCGUCAACGAUGUUCAAUACCACCCGAUCCACAACUUCCUCAUUGGUACCGCGUCCGACGAUCUUACUUGGCAAAUCAUCGAUACUCGUAUGGAAACACACAAGAAGGCACUGUACAGGAAGGAGGCCCACGACGACGCAGUCAACUGCAUCUCGUUCCAUCCCGAGUUUGAGGGGACUUUCGCGACAGGCUCGGCAGACAAAUCAGUCGGAAUCUGGGAUAUGAGGAAUUUCGACAAGAAGCUUCACAGCCUCCAAAAUCACGCCUCAGAUGUCAUUGGUCUGCAAUGGCACCCGCAAGAUGCUGCCAUUCUUGCCAGUUCCAGUUACGAUCGCCGUAUUUGCCUGUGGGAUCUCAGCAAGAUCGGUUCUGAACAGACGGCUGAGGAAGCAGAAGAUGGCCCCCCUGAACUACUGUUCAUGCACGGUGGCUUCACGAACCGAAUCUGCGACUUUGACUGGAACAAGAACGAUCCAUGGCUCAUGAUGGGCGCUGCAGAGGACAACCAGCUGCAAAUCUUCCGUCCCGCGCGCAAACUCGUUGAGCCAAUCAAGAAGACUGUAAACCACGGAGAUGUCUCAGACUGA